AUGAAAGUUGCGCUUGAUGGAUAUAAUUUAGUUUAUAGAAAAAUAAUUACUAAAUAGGAAGAUCAAUAAUCCUAAGAAAGUGUUGUAGUUUUUGGAAUGUGGUCUAAAUAUAAUCCUUUAAAUUUUUUAAGUAUACAAAAAGAAAUUGGAUAAUUUGAAAGCAACUGUUAUUAGUUAGUCAAUAUGGUAGAUUAAGCUGCAAAAAGUUUAAAUUUUAUUUACUAUGAUUGUUUAAAUUAUCCUUCAAAAUAGAUAGUGAAGUCAAUAAUGUUUAUAAGUGAAUAAGAUUAAUCAUUUCAAUUCGAUAAAUAUAUAGAUCCUUUUGAAUAUGAAAACAUUUGGUAUCAUUUUUAGUUAAUAUCAUGGCCAUUAUUAAAAAAAUUAGAAUUGAUUAUCAUGUAAUAAGAUAAAACUAUAUUAAAAGAGAUUAUAGAAAAUAUUUCACUUUUCAAUGAAUAAUACCUAUUAUUUACAGAGGCAGGGGGCUUUUAGGUAAUGGAAUCCAAACUUAAUUUGAUUGAAUAAGGAACCAUUUUUUCUGUCUUUCCUGGAUAAAUUGUUUCAUAUGAUGUUUUAAUUGAUAUAAUUCCUACUACAUUUGAUUUUGAACAAUUUAUAAUUGAAGAAUAUUAGAAUUUUAAUUAAUGCAUUUGUUAAUAAAAUGAAUAAGUGAAAAUGGAAGAUUCAGAUUUAAUUUUUCUUGAUGAUAAAAUUUAUGUAUCAGAAAAUAUUAAUUAUGAUUAUUAUGCUUUAAGUGGAUGGAUUAAGGUAAAAGUAAUUAUUUGGACCUCUGAUGAAUUUUCUUAUCAAUUUAUUAAAAUGAGUGCAAAUAUAGGAAAACAACAGUUAUUAAAUGACAACUUAUCAACAUUUUAAUUAUUUUAUCAUAUCUCUUCAAUUGAAACAAAAAUAGUAAUAAAAACUUAUAGUUAUGAUUUUCCAAUAGUAACAAAAGAUUUUUCGGAUAGUUCAUUUGAAAUAGUGAGAGAAUUUUUGAUUGAAAAAAAUAUUAUAAAAUCAUGGCAUUAUUUAUUUUGUGAAUUAUCAGAAAAGAAAUUGAAUAUUAAAAUAACUUUUAAUAAUGAAUAGGAAAUAUAAUUUUCUGAGGCUUAAGUUAAUGUUAAAUAAUUUAAUAAUUGUUAAUUCAAAUUAAGAUAUGGUAAUAUAAUGCAAGAUACUUAAAAUUAUUUAAAUGUAGCAUUAAAACAAUUAUAUUAUAUAAAUUGUAAAGAAGAUGAUAGGAUUAAAAAAUGUCAUUAUAGUUGUUUAGAUUGUGAUGGUCCUUAUAUAUAAAAUUGUUUAUCUUGUUCUGUUGAAUCAUAGAGAAUUUUUAUUCCAUAAUUUCAACAUUGUAUUUGUCCCUAAUCCAUGAUAGAUGAUGGUAAUACAUGUGUGGAUAAUGAAAAUUCAAAUCUGUAGAUUAUAGAAAAUAACUAUGUUUAUUUAAAGUGAAAUAUAGGUUAUUUUGAAUUUGAUGGAGAAUGCAUAAGAUGGUAUAUUCUUAAUUAAUAAUUUCUAGUCCUUCAAGAAUAAAAGAUAAUUUAAUAACUUGUUUUGAAUGUUUUUCAAACCAGAAUUGGAGUGCAAAUCCUAUUUGUUACAAUUCUUAUUAUACUCCUCUUUCUUUUUAUAUUUAUUAUACUUUCAUUGUUGACUUUGGUACAUAUAUUUAUGAUGGAUCUGAUUUAAUAUGCUGUGAUUUUUGUUAAGCUACUAGUGACUCAAAGUAUGAAUUGUAAAAUCAACAGAAUCUUUAUGAAUUUUUUUUAGUUAAGUCUGAAAGAUUCUUGUCAUUCUGUUUUAAUAAAUAAGAUAUUGAUGAAGCUUGUAAUCGUUGUAGUUUGGAAUAUUGCCUUCAAUGUAAUAUUGGCAUAGAUAAAAUACUUUGUUCAAAAUGUAUAUCAAACUUUGAAGCAAUUAAUGGAUAAUGUAUUCUAUAGACCUAAUCAUUUUCUCUUGAAUCAUGUAAACCACCAUACUAUGCAUCAAUCACAAAUUAGUGUAAUUUAUGUCCUAUAAUUAAUUGUAUAUAUUGUUUUGAAUAUGUUAAUUAUCUCUAUUAUAAUACUUUUGAAUAUUUAGAUAUUUUAAUUUAUUAACAUAUGAAGGAGUAAUAAAUUAGAAUUGGUUGUGCUUAUUGUUAAAAUGGUUAUAUAUUUGAUUUUACAUUGGGAUUAUGCAUAAAGUAGGCUCCAAAAAUUGAACAUUGUUUAACAUCAUAUGUAUUUUAGUUUAAAGAAAAAUAUCUUGUGUCAACUUUGGAGAAUUUUCAAGUAUCUAGCGUAAUAAACAAAUGCGAGAACUAUAUUUUAAAUUGCCUCUUAUGUGCAAUAGAUUAUAAAAACACAAUUUUUUGUAUUGAGUGUAAAGAUGGACUUAUAUUUUAGGAAGGAUAAUGUUAUAUGCAGGAAGAAAUUCGAUCAAAUUAUGAAAUUAUAAUUUAGAAUGAAAAAAAUAAAGCGUUUAUAUUAAUUUAUGGAGAAAUAUAACAAAUGUAAGGUGAAGAUUUACAUUGA